UAGAUCUCUAUUAUUUUCAAACAUCCACAUUUCGGUGGUCACGUCUGAAAAUGUGGAAAAGUCUCAUGUUUUGCGUCCCCGAGGGAUAUCGUGAAUUUUUGUUUGCAAGGUUUCCGCUCCCGUUAGGUUCUUUUCAAGCGCUCGAACGCGUCACCCAGAGCGAAGGCGAACUCGUUCGAUGCGACUCAAUCGAUAUCGACAUUGAAUUUGAAAGCGCCCGAUUCGUAUGUUGUUUUGAUGCCAUUUUAGAACUUUACCAGAGACAUGGGGGAGCCCUCAGUCCAGAAUAUGUUGACCCGCCUUAUGGAGGAGAAACAUACCUUUACCUAUAAGAAAUUAGUGGUGCCAAUGUCAAUGAGAAGUCCUUAUUGGAAAUACUAUGGUUUCCCAGCCACUGAGGAUGGAGACAUUAUAACAAAGGUGAAGAUUGUUUGCGUUUUGUGUAAAGCCCAGCUAGCUUACAACAAAAAUACCAGCAAUCUGCGCAUGCAUCUUCAAAAUAGACAUUCUAAGGAAUUAAUGGAAUUAGUUGCUGAACAUCCCCCAGAAACACGUCCAAGCCCCAAGCAAUUAGCUGCGCAGGCACAAGCAGACCAUGAAAUAACAUCAAUCAGACACACAAGUCCCCAUUCUAAAACACCUAAACGUACUAAGUAUCACCGGUCUUUAGAAAAUACUGACAGUGGCUUUACUAAACAAGGAAAUGUUUAUUUUACCCAAGCGGAUGGAAGUAUUGAAAUCGAUGGGGACUUGCAGUUUAUGUCAGAUCCAAAUAUAUCUAUAAGCAAUUUCACAGAAGACGAGGAGGCCAGCAGCACCAUUCAAAUUCUUGGGUCAACCAGUGGAAAUAAUUCAAACGUUGUUUUACAACAUGUUGAAAGCAAUAAGAACAUUUCAGAUGCAAUCGCAGAAUAUUUAAUAUUAGAUCUUCAGCAUCCUGAUGUUGUAGAGGGAAGGGGGUUCCAACGACUUAUAGCUACUCUUCGCUCACCUUGUGAAAUUCCUAGUAGAGGAAGGCUUGUAGAUGAAAUUUUACCAUCAAUGCAAUGUCACCUCAAGGAGACAGAGCAAGCAUAUUUACAGCUAUUUAAUGGUGACUAUGGAAUCACAAUAGAAGAGUGGUCAUCUCACAAUGAUGAAAUUUUUUUGACUUUUGGCUUACAUUAUGAACACAAAACUGAGCCUCAGUUAGAGUCCAGAGUUUUGUCAACUGUACAUUGUCCCAGUGGGACAAAUGGAUUAGAUUUGUAUGACUACUGGAUGGUCUUUAUUGAUGCUUUGCUAUCUGAAUGGCAUAUAAAUCCUAGCAAAGUUACUGCAAUUUUAAUUGCAACUAGUCAAACUGAACUUAUACAAGUACUUGCAAGCAAAAAUUUUACACUAGUUCCAUGCCUAAUGUAUUCACUUCAGGAGUGUGCAACGUACCUGUUUUCCCUCCCUGAAGUUAGUCCAGUGCUGAACAAAUGCAGGACUCUCCUUGGCCUUGUGCAUAGGCACCCCACGGCACUUGCGUCACUACGCAUGCAAGAACCUGAACUCCAGGUUGAUGAAGCUUUAGCUACUGAUUUACCAGCCAUCUGGAUGACAACGUACCAAAUGCUAGAGCAGCUCUCUUUACGACGAGCAGUAUUUCCAAGUGUAUUGGAAAAUGUAACAGAGUUAUCUUCUGAACAGCGUUUGCAAUUGCUACUAACAGAAGAUGACUGGGGUACUGUUGAUGAUGUUGUUGCAGCUCUAGGUCCAUUCAAGGUUGCUGUUCUCACCUUGAGUGAAGAACGCUUCCCUCUCUUAUCAUUAUUAGAACCAUUGUUGUGGCAACUUUGCAGUUCUCAUCUGCAAUCAAAAGAGGGUGAUACAAUUUUGGCUAUCAGAUUGAAAGAGAUUCUUCGUGAAAAUUUGGCAUCAAAGUAUAUCAAUGAAGACGUCAGAACUCUUUUGAGGACUUCAACUAUGCUUGAUCCAAGAUUUAAAACUCUUGGAUAUGCUGAUGAUGGCAUCAAAGAGGAUGUAUAUGAGAGAAUUCUGAAGUCCUUGGAGGAAAUAUUUGAACAGUUUCCAUCAAGUCAGGAUUCAUUAAGCACGCCUCACAAGAAACCACGUUUGUCAGGAAUGGAGCUACUUCUUGGAAAUGUGUGUGAAAUUAAAGGGAAUGUGGGCAUUAGUGAUAAAGCCAAACUGGAACUGGAACAGUUUAAAUCUGAAACUAGUGCUCCACUUGACGCCUGUCCUAUGCAGUGGUGGCAACUUGGUUCAGCUAAAUGCCCACAUCUAGUGUACCUGGCACGCCGUUACCUGAGCUUGCCAGCUGCUGUAAUGCCAGGAUACCGUAUUCCACUACCACAAGCCCUAUCAUUUCAUGAGCGUAGGAAAAUUCUUCCACCAGAUCUAGCAGAUACCUAUUUGUUCCUAAAUACAAAUUAUCAAGGAUGAUGUCAGUUUUGCAAAUUAGGUUUCCCAACUUCCUUCCCUAUAUAUUCUACAUUUGAAAUUGUAUUCUUGUCUCAGUGUUAGAUGGUUUCUGCCCUUCCAUAAUUAGGAACUUGCACAAAAUUGUCAUUUGUGCUAAAUUGUAAUGUGUUUUGCAAGUUAAUUUGUUUUUGUUUUGUUGUUUUUAAAACUAUUAAUGUAUAUAUUCACAAACUAAGCUGGGUAUAGUUGAUUUUCACCUGUAUUUUGUUUCAUGAGCAAUCACUAUUAUUCCCUAGUGAAAAUUAUUAAUUUUUCUCCAAUAAAUAUCAAAUCUAAGUAGUUCAGAAAAUUAGCCUCAUGCUGCUCUUUGUAAAUAGAUGUAUAGUUUAGAAAUAUCUUUUUAAUGAAAAGGAAUCCCAUCAAUUGACUAAUAUGUUCAAAUUGAAUUUCAUUUAAGUAUUUGACUAAAUUUUAUUUAUUGUUGACUUUAAUAAUGAAAUGAAAUUAGAGCACCUUUAUCAUCUGAUUCCACAUUGAAUUGGAUUGGGAGUUUGUGUCAAUGCACCGCUAUACUAGCGAGAGUCCAAUCAGCAUCCUUGUAGAAGCGAGGAUCACUUAUGCGAAGAACGGCUCUCUUGUAUAGAUGAUAGUAUAAAACAGCAACUGUAAAUAAAAUUUUAUUUCAACCAAGUUAA